AUGUGUAGGUACGUUAUUCCAGUCACAGUUGUUUCCGCAAAAAGAAUGGUCCAUAAACCUUUGUACGUCAUAAGGCACACAACACAUUUAUCUUCGAAACAAAUAAUACUUUGCUUCAUUCCUCUCCUCCUAUGCGUCUCAGCAGCGCGAAAGGAAAAGAAGACUACUUUAGAGGACGUCGAAAGAGGAUACAUCACUACUAAAUCCGAACUCUCUCCACCGCCAUUACCGAAAAUACCUGUUAAAUCACCGACACAAUUUGGUUUUGUUCCUGUUAAAACAACUGCAAAUUACGCCCAGAAACAACCAAAAAUAACGUACGCCCAAGGAGAUAGUACUUAUCCAACUCAAAUCCAAUAUUCAAUUGGACCUCAACAAGCUUAUUAUGUACCUCAAGAGCAGAGUCAGGAUUUGAAGUACGAUAGCGUAGCGUACGUAGCAGAUAAUACUAUCGAUCAAGGAGCAGGUCAGCAAAACUACGAUACUCAACAAUUUUAUUAUUUGCAACAGUAUCAAGAGCCGAGCACUUCCAUACAAGCUAUCGUAGAUCCAAAAGGCGGAUUGCAGUAUAUAAUGUACAUUCCUACCUAUGUUCCAAAUCAAAUUACCGAGCAAACUCAAAACCAAGAAAACGUCGUUUAUACCAACAACCAGCAACAAGCAUACCAAUCACCUCAACCAGAAUACAACACUUAUUCAGAAAAUCCAAAAACAUUUGAAACCGGUAAGAGCAUGUACAACUUGAAAGCAAAUGAAACACCGUUCAUUAGAAGAGAACCGAAGAGUUUAUUGGAUUCCUACAUACCGUCUUCUCUCCAAUUACAAUACUACAAACAGUCUCGAUUGAAUGCAAUCAGAGAUAAUCAAAAGUACGAGCAUUAUAGUCCAAUUGGUGCUGAAUCAACUUACAGGUAUAACAUCAGGCCUACGCCGUUUAGACAAUGA